AUGAUUUUACAACAAUUUAUUUUUUUUAUAUUUCUAAUUAUUUAUGUUACCCCUGAAUUUACGGAAGAUUUUCGGGAAUUUAUUUUAACUAAAUAUGGACAAAAAUAUUUAGAGACAAUUGAAAGAUUAGAUAUGGGAUCUAAUAUGUUAGGAAGUUUUGGUGGAAAAAUAUCUCCAAAAGAGGUAAUUAAAAGGAGACCUGUAAUUUUUAUACAUGGAACAAUGUUGAGAGCAGGAAUUUUUAAACCACAUCGUAAAAUGUUUAUGUCAAGAGGAUAUCAAAAUAGUGAAUUAUAUGGAACAACAUUUGGUGAUGGAGGGCAAACACCAUUACUGCAAAAACCAAUGUUUUGUCAAGAUGUUAAAAUUGUAAGAAAAUUAAUUGAAGCAGUAAUUAAUUAUGCUAAUAGUACCGUUGAUGUUAUUGGUUAUUCUAUGGGUGCUGCAAUAACAAGAAAAGCUAUAUUUGGUGGUAAAUGUGUAGAUACUGGUGAAGAAAUAGGUAUUCCAUUGACAAAUUAUAUUCAUACAUAUAUAAGUGUUGCUGGAGUGACACAUGGUUUUGAGUCUUGUGCUACGAUUCACUCAAGUAAUUUUGCCUGUAACUUAGUUAAUGGAAUGCAUUGUCGUUCCAAAUUUCUUCAAGAAUUAAAUAAUCAAUCGGUUAAAUUUGAAGGUCGACAUACAUUUGGGAUAUUAUCUCGUGAAGAUGGACUUGUAGGAGUUAAUUGUUGUGGUAAUGGAUGUAGUAAUUUAAAAUUUGCAGAUGCAAAUUUUUCCAGAAAUAGUAAUUCACAUUUUUCAAUAGUUCAUCAAACAAGAGAAUUAAUGUAUGAUUUAAUAAUUGGACGUUUCAAUCAGAUUAUUGAAUCAUGGUAA